AUUAAAAAUUAAAAAAUUGUUUACUGUUCUUGAAAUGGAACCAAAUGCCUAGCAAGUUAGCAAUGCUGCACCCUGCAACUGCUAAUGAAAUUGCUGACUCCUCUUCUCGCCAAUUUCGCGGACCAACUUUGCCCUAACCUCAAAACCAUUCAAUUCAAGCAAGAAAUUUCGGACACUAAUUACUUUUCACGUAUGGUAUAACAGUAUGGAUCUUCUCUGCAAAGCAUACUCAACAACUGCUUCUUCAGACGACGAACCCGAAGAUCAAAGGCCAGUUCUGCCUCCUCCGUCCAAGCGAUCCAAAACCCUAAACCCAUUGCCUCUUCCAACCGAACCUCCGAUUCCCGGCAGACACGUACUGCCUCCUCCGUCCAAGCGAUCCAGAACCCUAAACCCAUUGCCUCUUCCAACCGAACCUCCGAUUCCCGGCAGAUACGUAUCCAAGAGAGAGCGAGCUGUUCUCGUUGCAACACUUCCUCACCCCAACCCACCACCUUCUCCUACUGCCAAUCAUGCAUCAUCACCUGUGGUUGGAAGUCUUUCGGAUUCAGAUCUACCACAUGAUAUUUUGACCUCAUUGAGACGUCAGUUAAAGGGGCAUGCACAGCUAGGCCAGAGGUCUGAAAGGCGGUCUGUAGCUCUCAACAGCCACUCAAAGGCUGUUAAUGUUGUACAGUGGUCAACAUGUCAUGCUCAUCUUCUUGCGUCUGCUGGAAUGGAUCAUAGCAUCUGCAUAUGGAAUGUAUGGAGCAGAGAUCAGAAGAAAGCACGUGUAUUGAAUUAUCACACUGCAGCAGUGAAAGACGUGAAGUGGUCGCAGCAGGGACUGUAUUUGCUUUCCUGUGGAUAUGACUGCUCAUCGAGGUUAAUUGACGUUGAGAAGGGUCUACAGACUCAGAUUUUCGAGGAGGAUCAAGUUGUUGGAGUAAUAAAGUUCUGUCCAGACAACCCCAACAUCUUCCUCUCUGGGGGGUCAAAGGGCUUCCUUAGAUUAUGGGAUAUUAGAACUGGGAAGGUGGUCAAUGAAUAUAUUCGAGGUCUUGGUCCUAUCCUUGACGUUGAAUUCACCAAUGAUGCCAAGCAGUUCAUCUCGUCAAGUGAUGCAUCUAAAAGCAAUGUCAGUGAAAAUUCAAUCAUCGUUUGGGAUGUGUCGAGACAAGUUCCGCUGUCUAAUCAGGUUUAUGUGGAGGCAUAUACCUGCCCUUGUAUUAGGUGCCAUCCAUUUGAUCCUUAUUUUGUUGCACAGUCAAAUGGAAACUACAUUGCAAUCUUCUCUUCCAAGCCCCCUUUCAAGCUUGACAAGUACAGGAGAUACGAAAGUCAUGGUGUUUCUGGUUUCCCCAUCAAAUGCAAUUUCAGCUUGGACGGAGAGAGACUUGUGUCAGGCUCCUCGGAUGGAUGCAUUUAUUUUUACAAUUCUCGAUCCUCCCAACUUAUAGAAAAAAUUAAGGUGUAUGAGGAGGCAUGCAUAGAUGUGGUUUUCCAUCCCAUCUUGCCAAAUGUGGUUGCCUCAUGCAGUUGGAAGGGAAAUGUUUCAGUGUUGGAGUGAGAUGACACUUUUUUUUUUUUUUUUUUUUUUUUUUU